AGUGCUUUGGGGUGUGUGUGUGCGUUUCCGCUGGUUUUUCCUGUUGGAGAAGGAAAGGGGGAGCUGUUUUCUCUCUCUCUCUCUCUCUUCUCAUAAUCUAUUUUUUGUAUCCUUUUUCUCCUCCUCUUUCUCCUCCUCCUCUUUCUCCUCCUCCUCCCGGGUUAUCUUUGUCUGGCUCACUCAGCCCCUGAACUCUCCCCAGCGCUGCACUCCGAGUCCUUGGCCAGUGUGGAUGUGUGUGGUGCCCUCCGAUGCAACAGCGGCCGGAGCAGCAGCAGGGCUAGAAGAGAGAGGGAGGAAUCAGCGUGCCCCUGAGCUUCGCUUUGCAAAGGCAGGAAGAGCAGGAAGGAGGGGAGCGGUUCGGUGCCCUUCUCCCCCAGCCGCCGCCACCGGCGGGGAGCAGCAGUCCAGGAGGCCCCAGCUGCUGCCUUGCCCCCACCCUCCACCACCUUCCUCGCCCGUUUCUCUGGGGGAGGAGGAGGGGUGUGCAAAUGCGAGCGCGGCCGCUGGGCGUGGAGGAGGAGGCUGAGGCUUGAGCCGGGAGUGGGGGAAGAGUCUGGUGCCGUCGCUGCCACCUCAACAUGGUGUAAAUCCGCUUCCGACACUCCACGCUCCCAGUCUCUCUCUCCUCGCUUUCUGUCUGUCUCUUACACGCACACACAGACACACACACGGAGACCUGGGGAAAUAAAAGCUCGUCUCUGGGAAGCGAGCAAUCCAGCGGCGGCAGCAGCAGCCUCAGCGCCGCCUCCCAAUGAAGAGCAGUCUCAGGCCGGCGGGGCUCAUCUCAGUGUGAAGAGCUGCUGCCAUCGACCAUUCGCCCUUUUUAAAAAAUUCGAAUUGAAUUUAAAAAAUAAUUGAAAAUUUUUUUUGCAAAAAGAGAAGAUGGCGAACGACUCCCCUGCAAAAAGUCUGGUGGACAUAGACCUCUCCUCCUUGCGGGAUCCUGCUGGGAUUUUUGAGCUGGUGGAAGUAGUUGGCAAUGGCACUUAUGGACAAGUCUAUAAGGGCCGACAUGUCAAGACGGGUCAGCUGGCGGCUAUCAAAGUCAUGGAUGUUACUGAGGAUGAAGAGGAAGAAAUCAAACUGGAGAUAAAUAUGCUGAAGAAAUAUUCUCAUCAUAGAAAUAUUGCAACAUACUAUGGUGCUUUCAUUAAGAAGAGUCCUCCAGGACAUGAUGACCAAUUAUGGCUGGUGAUGGAAUUCUGUGGUGCAGGAUCCAUUACAGACCUUGUGAAGAACACCAAAGGCAACACAUUGAAAGAAGAUUGGAUAGCUUACAUCUCCAGAGAGAUUCUGAGGGGAUUGGCACAUCUUCAUGCCCACCACGUGAUUCACCGGGAUAUCAAGGGUCAGAAUGUAUUGCUGACAGAAAAUGCAGAAGUGAAACUUGUGGAUUUUGGUGUCAGUGCUCAGUUGGAUAGGACAGUUGGACGAAGAAACACUUUCAUUGGAACGCCCUACUGGAUGGCUCCUGAGGUCAUUGCCUGUGAUGAGAAUCCUGAUGCGACUUAUGAUUACAGAAGUGACCUUUGGUCCUGUGGCAUUACGGCCAUUGAGAUGGCAGAAGGUGCUCCCCCUCUCUGUGACAUGCAUCCAAUGAGAGCACUUUUCCUGAUUCCCCGGAAUCCUCCUCCCCGUCUAAAGUCAAAGAAAUGGUCAAAAAAGUUUUUUAGCUUUAUAGAGGGGUGCCUAGUGAAGAACUACAUGCAACGUCCCUCCACAGAGCAGCUUUUGAAACAUCCUUUUAUAAGGGAUCAGCCAAAUGAAAGGCAAGUUAGGAUCCAGCUUAAGGACCAUAUAGAUCGGACGAGAAAGAAGAGAGGGGAGAAAGAUGAAACAGAGUAUGAGUAUAGUGGAAGUGAGGAAGAAGAGGAGGAAGUACCUGAGCAAGAAGGAGAACCCAGUUCCAUUGUUAAUGUGCCCGGUGAAUCUACCCUUCGACGGGAUUUCCUGAGACUUCAACAGGAAAACAAGGAACGUUCCGAGGCCCUUCGAAGGCAACAGCUGCUGCAAGAACAGCAACUCAGAGAGCAAGAAGAAUAUAAGCGGCAGCUGCUGGCAGAGAGACAGAAACGCAUUGAACAGCAGAAAGAGCAGAGGAGACGACUGGAAGAGCAACAGAGAAGAGAGCGUGAGGCUCGACGGCAACAGGAGAGGGAGCAGAGGAGGAGGGAACAGGAAGAGAAGAGGCGCCUGGAGGACCUGGAGAGAAGGCGGAAGGAAGAGGAGGAGCGGAGAAGGGCUGAGGAAGAGAAGAGAAGAGUGGAGAGGGAGCAGGAGUAUAUCAGGCGACAGCUAGAAGAGGAGCAGCGGCACUUGGAAAUCCUUCAGCAGCAGCUGCUCCAGGAGCAGGCCAUGUUACUGGAAUACAGAUGGCGGGAGAUGGAAGAACACCGGCAGGCGGAGAGGCUUCAGAGGCAGUUACAGCAAGAGCAAGCGUAUCUCCUGUCCUUACAGCAUGACCACAGGAGGCAUCAUCAACAGCAGCAACAGCAACAGCAACAACAGCAGCAGCAGCAACAGCAACAGCAACAACAGCAGCAGCAGCAGCAGCAAGAGAGAAAUAAACAGAGCUAUCAUCCCCCAGAAACGAAACCUCACUAUGAAGCCGCUGAAAGAGCUCGAGAGGUGGAAGAUAGAUUUAGAAAAACUAACCAAGGCUCCCCUGAAGCACAGUCUAAGCAGACAGGCAAAAUUCUGGAGCCACCAGUGCCUUCAAGAUCAGAGUCUUUUUCCAAUGGCAACUCCGAGUCCGUACACCCUGCACUCCAGAGACCAGUGGAACCACAGGUACAGUGGUCCCAUCUGGCAUCUCUCAAGAACAAUGUUUCCCCUGUCUCGCGAUCCCAUUCCUUCAGUGACCCUUCUCCUCCCAAAUUUGCACAUCACCAUCUUCGUUCUCAGGACCCAUGUCCACCUUCACGCAGUGAGGUGCUAAGUCAGUGUUCUGACUCUAAGUCGGAGGUAUCCGAUCCCACCCAAAAGGCUUGGUCUAGAUCAGACAGUGACGAGGUGCCUCCAAGGGUACCUGUGAGAACAACUUCCCGUUCUCCUGUUUUAUCUCGCCGUGAUUCUCCACUGCAGGGCAGUGGGCAGCAAAAUAACCAAGCAGGUCAAAGAAACUCUACGAGCAAUAUUGAACCCAGACUGCUGUGGGAAAGGGUAGAGAAGCUGGUUCCAAGACCUGGCAGUGGUAGCUCCUCAGGUUCAAGUAAUUCAGGAUCACAGCCAGGGUCUCAUCCUGGCUCUCAGAGUGGAUCUGGUGAACGCUUCAGAGUGAGAUCAUCAUCAAAAUCAGAAGGUUCACCAUCCCAACGCCAUGAAAAUGCAACAAAAAAGCCGGAAGAAAAAAAAGAAGUCUUCAGACCUCACAAACCUGCUGACUUGACCGCCUUAGCCAAGGAACUACGAGCUGUAGAAGAUGUUCGACCUCCUCACAAAGUAACAGACUAUUCUUCAUCUAGUGAAGAAUCUGGGACAACGGACGAAGAGGAUGAUGAUAUGGAACAAGAAGGGGCAGACGAAUCCACUUCUGGUCCUGAGGACACCAGAGCAGUAUCAUCUUUGAAUCUAAGCAAUGGUGAAACUGAAUCAGUGAAAACUAUGAUUGUUCAUGAUGACAUAGAAAGUGAACCCGCCAUGACUCCGUCGAAGGAAGGCACCUUAAUCGUCCGCCAGAGUACAGUUGACCAAAAGCGUGCCAGCCACCAUGAGAGCAAUGGCUUUGCCGGUCGCAUUCACCUCUUGCCAGAUCUCUUACAGCAAAGCCAUUCCUCCUCCACUUCCUCCACCUCCUCCUCCCCAUCCUCCAGCCAGCCGACACCCACCAUGUCCCCACAGACACCCCAGGACAAGCUCACUCCUAAUGAGACUCAGUCCGCUAGUAACACACUCCAGAAACACAAAUCUUCCUCCUCCUUUACACCUUUUAUAGACCCCAGAUUACUACAGAUUUCUCCAUCUAGUGGGACAACAGUGACUUCUGUGGUGGGAUUUUCUACUGAAGCAAUGAGAUGUGAAGCAAUAAGACAAGACCCCACCCGGAAGGGAUCAGUUGUCAAUGUGAAUCCUACAAAUACUCGGCCACAGAGUGAUACCCCGGAAAUUCGUAAAUACAAGAAGAGGUUUAAUUCUGAAAUUUUAUGUGCUGCCUUAUGGGGAGUGAAUUUGUUAGUGGGUACAGAGAGUGGCCUGAUGUUGUUGGACAGAAGCGGCCAGGGAAAGGUAUACCCACUUAUCAAUCGAAGGCGGUUCCAGCAGAUGGAUGUCCUUGAAGGCUUGAAUGUCUUGGUGACAAUAUCUGGUAAGAAAAAUAAAUUACGGGUCUACUACUUGUCUUGGCUACGGAAUAAAAUACUUCAUAAUGACCCAGAAGUAGAGAAGAAACAGGGAUGGACAACUGUAGGUGAUUUGGAAGGAUGUGUGCACUAUAAAGUUGUAAAAUAUGAAAGAAUCAAGUUUCUGGUUAUUGCUUUGAAGAAUUCUGUGGAAGUCUAUGCAUGGGCCCCAAAGCCAUACCACAAAUUUAUGGCCUUCAAGUCUUUUGGAGAAUUGAUACAUAAGCCAUUGCUGGUUGAUCUCACCGUAGAGGAAGGCCAACGGUUAAAAGUAAUUUAUGGAUCCUGUGCUGGAUUCCAUGCUGUCGAUGUGGAUUCCGGAUCAGUCUAUGAUAUUUAUCUCCCGACGCACAUUCAGAGUAGCAUACAACCCCAUGCUAUCAUCAUACUCCCCAACACAGACGGGAUGGAGUUGCUAGUGUGCUAUGAGGAUGAAGGGGUUUAUGUGAAUACAUAUGGGAGGAUCACAAAGGAUGUGGUUCUUCAAUGGGGAGAGAUGCCUACAUCUGUCGCAUAUAUUCGAUCCAAUCAGAUCAUGGGCUGGGGUGAGAAGGCCAUUGAGAUACGAUCGGUGGAGACUGGUCAUUUGGAUGGCGUGUUUAUGCACAAGCGGGCACAGAGGCUCAAGUUCUUAUGUGAACGCAAUGACAAGGUAUUCUUUGCCUCCGUUCGUUCUGGUGGAAGCAGUCAAGUUUAUUUCAUGACUUUAGGCAGGACUUCUCUUCUAAGUUGGUAGAAGAGGUGUGAUCAGGGAAUCACUAUCACCCAGAGUCUUCAAGAUCUUCAGAACUUGGAAUUACUUGCAACUGGAGCACAGACCUGCACUGACGCGACAUGAUGCAGCAAAUGUGGGCAGGCAUCGCUGGUGUUGGGUGUUCUCUUUCUCUUCCUUUUCUUCCUUCUCUUUUUUCUCUUCUUCCUUUGUUCUCUCUUUUUCUCUUCCUCUUUUCUUUUUUUCUCUUCUCUCUUUCAAAAACCAAUCAAGGCUGCCGUGCAGCUGGUGCUGUUCAGAUACAACCAUCAGGUGCUAUAAGUGUGGGGAAUUUGGCAUCACACUAGAAAGCAACAUGUGUCUCCUUCAGCUCCAGAAUUCCUUGUUUUUGAACGACUCUGUUUUCUAAGUGUCUAAAGAUAGAGACUUUGAACAUGCUGUUAGUUUGACUGGAGGGUAGGACAGAAGAGGGUGGAGGCAGUCAGUCUUGCUGAAGCAGAGAGCAGAUUUAAUAUAGUAACAUUAACAAUGUAUUUAAUUGACAUUUCUUUUUUUUUUGUAAUGUGACAAUAUGUGGACAAAGAGGAAGGUGCAGGUUUAAGAAGUUAAUAUUUAUAAAAUGUGAAAGACACAGUGGCUAGGAUAACUUUUUUGUGGGGAGGGGGGAUGUUUCAGAGGGUGGGUGGGUGGGGGUACAGGGAAAAGGGUCCUGUUUUUGUUUCUUUGGGAUUUUUUUUUUUGGCCUGGCCAAGAGCUUAGUCAUUUUUCUGUGUACCAGGUUUUGCCUAAAACGUGCAGAUGACUUAAAAACAAUUUUUUAAAAAAUUUGUUCAUUUUCUAUAAUGAUUCUGUGUUUGGCCAUAACUUGGUUGUGUCACAGUAUUAGCACUGCCUCAGUUAAAGGUUUAAUUUUUGUUUAAACCUAGAAGUGCAACAACAGUUUUACCAUAGUCUGCACUUGCAGAAGAAAAAAAGAAAUUCCAAACAACCUAUGUUUAUUUUUUGCCUACCUCAUUGUUUUUAAUGCAUUAAAAUAAGAGGUGGAUUAGAUAAUACUUUUUUUAGAGGAAAACAUUAAUGUCUAAUUUAAUCUUAAUACCAAAACUACCAGAUUGAAAAGUCUGACUGUUAUUGUGUAGCCAGUCUCAUCAGGCGAAGAGAAUUUUUCAUGGAUAUGAGGUGGAGGCGAGAGUGGAAUAUCCUUAUGGCUUCAUGACACUGACUAAUGUACUUUGCGGACCAAAUUUGGGGAAAGCAAAGUGUUACAUUUACCUGGUUCCUCUUUAGUGGCAACUAUUUGGAUGAUUUUAGCCUACAACCAGAGAGAUUUCAGUUUUCUAAAUUCGAGGUUUAGUAGCAGACAGGUAACAAUAGACUAGUUCUAUAAACUGUUAAUGUUGUAGGAAACUUUUUUGGGGGGGAGCGAUGUUUUUCUUUUCUAAGAAUGCAAUGCACUAAAACUAUUUUAAGAAUGUAGUUAAUACUGCUUAUUCAUAAAACAGCAUAUACCUGUGUUUUAGAUGUAAGAUCCAAGCCCUGGCUUUUUUUCUCUCUCUCUUUUCUCUUUCUCUCUCUCUUUUUUUAAAAAAAAAAAAAGACAGUCAGUUUUACUUUGAUGACUGUAUUCUGGACAUUUGUAAUAAAUGUCUUAAGAAGAAUAAUUUGUUUAAUGGCUACAUGUUCAUUACUUGAGAAACCUUUGAGUGUAUAUUAUAAUCUGUUGGUGAUUUAACAAUGCACAGUGUCAUGACUUGGCCAUCUGAAUUGGACCUUGUUUAUCUUGGACUGGGAGGGCUUUGUUGGCAACCGCCUUAAGCGAAGCUCUUCGUUCUCAGUGUUCCAUAGGCUUCAUCUUCUGCCAUGGUCAGCUUUCUUCGAUGGCACGACAGCUGGAGAUUUUUCUUAACUUGUUUACCAAGACGCAGAUUGCAGAACCGUUUUAACAAUCGGUCACACCUACAAACCAAGAGUUUGGUUAAUCUAUCCCUUCUCUUCCUUGGCAGCCGCUCUGACUGCUGUAACUAACUCCCUGUUUUGAGUUCAGCAUUUUUGCCAAAGGCUUUCCUUUGAACUACAGAAACAAUUAAAAAAAUAACAAAAAAAUAGACCAGUGAGAAUUAAAAAAAAAUUAAGAAAGCCUUACGUUUUGGGGGUAAAAUAUAAUUUUCACUGUUUUGUUUCUAGCCGUGUGACUUUUGGAUAGCACUGAAGGCCAAGGCUGAGGGGAGUAGUUUCUUGCCUAUUGAUUUGUGGUUCAGUCAGGGAGGUACUUUCAAUUAGGGAGAGGUUAAGAGCGGAACAGGAAUAUUCUUGGAAACUGGAUUUCAUUGCAACAAUAAAAAAUGAUCUUAACAGAAUACAUUUUUCAGACUAAUGUUGAUGGCUCAAGACUGCCUUGACAACUCAUUACAGAGAAAUAUGCCCCACCAUGCAUAGCACAAGCAUAAAAAAAAAAAAAAACAUUAGGGGCACUGGUUAGUUAUGGCAGAAACCUCAUCCCAUGGCCUUGGCUAACAAGUGCCCAGAACGGUGCCUUGCACUUAUUGAAUUUUUAAAAAUUGAACUGAAUAAAGUUUUCUUUAGAAGAAAAAAAAAUGAUAGUAUAAACAGUUAAUUCCAGUAAGAAAAAAAAAUGAUGUAGCAGAAGAACUUGGCAUCAUUUCCUUACCUUAUCCACAGACUUGAAAUAUCAUGUGUUGUGGUCUGUACUUUGGGGCUAAUAUUUGAUUGUAGUUAAUAUGAAUAAAUACUGUUUUGUGUGAAAUGUAUUGGGUGUUUUCAAUUUAUAUUGGAAUCUACUUGGAUGUUGCUCAGAAUUAGACAAAAAUGAUAAAACUAUGAUGACAAAAGAAACCAACUGUAUUGAAAUAUUACCACAAAAAUAUUUAACUAAAAAAAUUCCAAGACUUCCAGGUUAAGAAGUACUCUUAUGAAUGAUCCAUUGCAUUUCUCCCAUAAAACAUUGUGGGCUAUUGAAAAUGCAAAUUAUUUUAGAAAGGGAUUCCUUUUCCAUUCCACAGAGUCAGUUGUGACUCCAUCCACAGAUGUGCCAAGGUGGCAAAAUUACAAAUACCAACAGUAUUAUGAAGAAGUCAUUGCAUAUGAAACCAUGAACUCUGACAGUGAUGCUUUUGGAAGCAAAAAACAAAAAGAAACCAGUGACAAAAACAUGCUACUAGGUUUAGGCAAAGCUUUAAUAAAUAAUAAUGUUGUGUAUCUUUUACGUCAGAGUAACCCCUAACUGUAAGACCGCAGUGUUUUUAUUUUUACUUUAUGCACAUGCGCUAUGUUGGAGAAGAUGUUUACAAAAGUAGUUUGUUACAUUAAUGUGCAUCACUUAUUUAUGGUUUAUUUGAAAGUGAUUUUUUUGGUGGGUUAUUAGUUUUUCAUUAUAGUAGUGGUAUACUUUUUUUGAUGAUUUAUAACCCAGACUUCUGCUGAGAAUAAAAGUUGCUAAACAGUAACGCAAAUGACAAACUGUGUUAAAGUUACUAAUCAUAGAGCUGCAUAACAGACUGGUAACAAACAUUCAGCCUCUUUUUUUUUUUCCUUUUUUUGCAGUGCUAUCUAACUUGUCUUCUGUGUAUUAUACAAAUUACUGUUGUUUCUUCCCACCCUGAACCCCCAUUUUUCCUUAAAUAAAGUCAAAAUGACACCUAUUUUAUGUGGAA